GUUCCCCCCUCUCUCUCUCCCUGUCUAUCUGUCUCCACCCAACCCCCAGCGCCUCCACGCAGCAGUGGGGUGUUUCGCACAAAACGGAACCGGCGCAGAAGGUGAGUAUAGGAGGCGCGAGAUGGCUUCAAGUGAAGGAAAGCAGGAUCUCAGGUUCGCGGACUGGAUGGCCAGUUUGCCGGAGCACAUGCACAACACGCCCCUCACGAAUCUGGCCAUACCGGGCUCCCACGACUCCUUCAGCUUCCACAUCGACGAGGCGUCGCCGGUGGGGCCCGAGCAGCCCGAGACGGUGCAGAGCUUCGUCUCCGUCUUCGGCGCCGUGGCCAAGAAGCUGAUGCGGAAGUGGCUGGCCACGCAGAGCAUGGACUUUGCCCGGCAGCUGGAGGCCGGCGUGCGCUUCUUCGACCUGCGCAUCUCCACCAAGCCCCGCGACCCCGACGGCAGGCUCUACUUCGCGCACGGCCUCUACAGCGCCACCGUCAGGGAGGGCCUGGAGCAGAUCGCCGGCUUCCUGGCUGGCCACGCCCGCGAGGCCGUCUUCCUGGACUUCAACCACUUCUACGGCGUGCAGAACGCGCACCACGAGAGCCUGGUGGCCAUGCUGCGCGAGGUGUUCGGCGACCGCCUCUGCCCCGCCCUCUUCGCCCAGGAGGUGACGCUCAAGUACCUGUGGGAGAGGGAGUACCAGGUGCUGGUCUUCUACCACAACCCCGUGGCGCUGGAGGUGCCCUUCCUGUGGCCCGGCCAGAUGAUGCCCGCCCCCUGGGCCAACACCACCGACCCAGAGAAGCUGGUCCAGUUCCUCCAGGCCUCCGUGGCCGACCGACGGAGGCAGGGCAACUUCUUUGUGUCCCAGAUGGUCCUCACCCCCAAAGCCAGCACCGUCAUGAAGGGCAUGGCCAGCGGGCUGAGGGAGACCAUCACCGAGAGGGCGUUGCCAGGGAUGAUGCAGUGGGUGAAGGCUCAGAGGCCGGGGGAGAGCGGCAUCAACAUCGUGACGGCGGACUUUGUGGAGCUUGGCGAUUUUAUCGGCACUGUCAUCGCGCUCAACUACCUGCUGGAGGAGGAGGAGGAGGACAGCGCCUCCUGGAGGGAGCGCCCUCGCCUGCCGUCCAACGCGUCCAACUGAGGAGCCCCCACGGGCACGCUCUUCACUCGAGAGAAAGAGAGAGAGUGACAUAAUGCAUAUAUCCAUGCGUUAUGUCACUCUGCACACUACCUGCAGUCUGAGAUUUAACAAUAAAUCUGCACACUACCUGCAGUCUGAGAUUUUACAACAGGUCUGUACACUACCUGCAGUCUGAGAUUUUACAAUAGGUCUGCACACUACCUGUAGUCUGUGAUUUACAUGCUACCUGUAGUCUGAUAUUUAACAAUACACCUGCACACUACCUACAGUCUGAGAUUUUACAACAGGUCUGUGCACUACCUGCAGUCUGAGAUUUUACAAUAGGUCUGCACACUACCUGUAGUAUGAGAUUUUACAAUAAAUCUACACACUACCUGUAGUCUGAGAUUUUACAGUAAAUCUACACACUACCUGUAGUCUGAGAUUUUAUAAGAACACACGAAAUUCCAGCUUCCUGGCUCUGGGCUCCUGACUUCCUCUUUCUUGUUUUUUUCUUUGAGACCAAAGGUUUCUGUGUUUUUCUAUCCAGCCACUAACAUGAAGGGUGCUCUCUCUCUCUCUCUC